AUGAAAAUGAAAGGAAUGUACGGCCAUGAGGAUCGGUUUGUCGAUUUUAUGGUACCGUCCACAAAUGCCGCUUAUGUGAAGCUGAUUGUGUCCUGCCUUGACUACGAGUUCGAUCAUUGCUACCUUUCAAAAGUGAUACUUCAGAAGGCUCUGACGUCCACUUGUGAGAAUUUCUCCGAUUGGGGAUUUCGCCUCCUCCUAGGACAACUUGGUGAUAAAUCAGUGAAGGUCAUCCGUCAUGCCAUUCGAGUUUUGCACACUUGGUUACCGGUUUAUCCAGAUGCUGCUCGAUGGCUGAGAACUGCUCAGCUGGACAGUUUUGGUGAGGCUGGCACGCUGCUGAAGGUCCACAUCUAUGCAGACGAACAUUUAUGUGUCUUGGAUGAUGACGGAACUCGAGAAGCAGUAGCUUUAUGGAUGGAGGCAGGG